UCUUUUGACCCCCCAGGCCCCGAGGUCCCUAAGAGGGGUCCUCCGCAUUCCAGCCUCCUCCCCCUCCCCCGAGCCCUCUGACCUCUCCACCUGUCCCCGGUGCUUCCCCACCCCGGACAGUGGCAGGACCGUCACUAUGUAAAUGUCUGUGCAAAUCCCGUGGAGUCAAGCGGCCAGCUCUCCGGUGAGCAGAGUGACCUCUGGGGACCCCACUUCCCGGCCAUGGGGCCUUGGGCCGGUGUGGUGUGCUCCCUGUUCUUUCUGCUCCAGGCACUGGCUGCGCCCGCUGAGAACUCGGAUUUCAGCCUGGAGGGGGAUUACCUCUUGGGUGGCCUCUUCACCCUCCAUGCCAACAUGAAGGGCAUCGUCCACCUCAACUUCCUGCAGGUGCCCAAGUGCAAGGAGUACGAAGUGAAGGCGCUGGGCUACAAGCUCAUGCAGGCCAUGCACUUCGCGGUGGAGCAGAUCAACAACCACAGCAGCCUGCUGCCCGGCGUGCGGCUGGGCUACGAGAUGGUGGACACCUGCUACGUCUCCAACAACGUCCAGCCCGUGCUCUACUUCCUGGCGCAGGAGGACUACCUCCUGCCGGUCCAGGAGGACUACAGCCGCUACGUGCCCCGCGUCGUGGCCGUCAUCGGCCCUGAGAACUCCGAGGCUACCAUGACCGUGGCCCACGUCCUCUCCCUCUUCCUCCUCCCUCAGAUCACCUACAGCGCCAUUGGCGACGACCUGCGAGACAAGCAGCGCUUCCCGGCCGUGCUGCGCACCAUGCCCGGCGCCGACCACCACGUGGAGGCCAUGGUGCAGCUGAUGCUCCGCUUCCGCUGGAACUGGGUGGUGGUGCUGGUGAGCGGCGACGACUACGGCCGCCGCAACGGCCAGCUGCUGGGCGAGCGCCUGGCGCGCCACGGCAUCUGCGUGGCGCUGCACGAGGCGCUGCCCACGCCGCAGCCCGGCCUGGCCGUGACGCCGCAGGAGCGCCGGCGCCUGGGCGCCGUGGUGGACAAGCUGCGCCACAGCUCGGCGCGCGUGGUGGUGGUGUUCUCGCCGGACCUGGCGCUGCACAACUUCUUCCUGGAGGCGCUGCGCAGUGGCCUCACCGGCAUCGUGUGGCUCGCUUCUGAGUCCUGGGCCAUCGACCUGGCCCUGCACAACCUCACCGAGCUGGGCCGCACGGGCACCUUCCUGGGCAUCACGACGCAGAGCGUGUCCAUCCCGGGCUUCAGCGAGUUCCGCGUGCGCCGGGCUCAGGCCGGGGGGAGGCCGCCGCCGCCGCGAUCCAGCGGGACCGGCCGGACCAGGCGGAGGGCCACCUGCAACCAGGAGUGCGACACCUGCCGGGACACCCUGGAGGCCUUCAGCACCGCCCUCACGCUCUCCGGCGAGCGCGUGGCCUACAGCGUGUACUCCGCCGUCUACGCCGUGGCCCACGCGCUGCACGGCCUCCUGGGCUGCAGCCCGACGCGCUGCUCCAAGGAGACCGUCUACCCCUGGCGGCUGCUCCAGGAGAUCAAGAAGGUCAACUUCACCCUCCUGGGCCACCACAUCUUCUUUGACGAGUACGGGGACCUGCCGCUGCCCCUGGAGGUCGUUCAGUGGCAGUGGAACCUGAGCCAGAACCCCUUCCAGACCGUCGCCUCCUACUACCCCGUGCAGCGGCAGCUCAGGGACGUCCGCGGAGUCUCCUGGCACACCCCCGACGGCAAGGUGCCCGUGUCCACGUGCUCCAAGGACUGCCAACCUGGGCAAAUGAAGAAGUCCGUGGGCAUCCACCCCUGCUGCUUCGAGUGUCUCGACUGCCCCCCUGGCACCUUCCUCAACAAAACUGAAGACGAGUUCGACUGCCAGCCCUGCCCAAGCAACGAGUGGUCCCACCGGCGCGACACCUCCUGCUUCCAGCGGCAGCUGACCUUCCUCCAGUGGGACAGCGCGGCCACCGUCUUCGUGGUCCUGCUGGCGGCCCUGGGCUUCCUCGGCACGCUGGCCACCCUGGCCAUCUUCUGGAGGCACCUCCAGACGCCCAUGGUCCGCUCGGCGGGCGGCCCCAUGUGCUUCCUGGUCCUGGCGGCGCUGCUGCUGGCGUACCUGAUGGUGCCCGCGUACCUGGGGCGGCCCACGGAGGCCACGUGCCUCUGCCGCCAGACCUUCUUCACCCUCUGCUUCACCGUCUGCGUCUCCUGCAUCGCGGUGCGCUCCUUCCAGAUCGUCUGCGUCUUCAAGAUGGCCCGCCGCCUCCCGCGCGCCUACGGCUACUGGGUCCGCUACCACGGGCCCUACGCCUUCGUGGCGGCCCUCACGGCGCUCAAGGUGGCCAUCGUGACCGCCUAUCAGCUAGCCACGCCCACCGGCCCCACCGCCCACGCCGACCCCGGGGACCCCAGGAUCAUGAUCCUCUCCUGCAACCCCAACUACCGCAUGGGCCUGCUGGUCAACACCAGCCUGGACCUGCUGCUCUCCGUGGCCGGCUUCAGCUUCGCCUACAUGGGCAAGGAGCUGCCCACCAGCUACAACGAGGCCAAGUUCAUCACCUUCUGCAUGACCUUCUACUUCACCUCCUCCGUCUCCCUCUGCACCUUCAUGUCCGUCUACGAGGGGGUGCUGGUCACCUUCCUGGACCUCCUGGUCACGGUGCUCAACCUCCUGGGCAUCAGCCUGGGCUACUUCGGCCCCAAGUGCUACCUGAUCCUCUUCCACCCCGAGCGCAACACGCCAGCCUACUUCAGCAGCGUCAUCCAGGGCUACACCAUGGGCAGGGACUAGCGCCGCCCACGGGGCCAGAGGGCCUGGGCGCCGGGAGGUGCAGGUCAGGGGCUUGCUUGCUCAUGCGAUCCCUCUCCGUGACCACCUCGUCCUGGUCUCUGAUUGGCGUCUCCUCCAAGUUCUCUGCCUCCUGGUUUUUACCCACCUAGUCAUGGGCGCCAAAAAAUAUACUCAAACUCCAUUCCUUUCCUUCAAGCUGUUUAGCUUGCCGGGCACUGCCACCCCCUGGGAAAAUGACCCAAGGUGACCUGAGGCUGGUCUCCUAGGACCAGUCUGAUUUGGCGGCCUACAGCGCCAUCUGGUGGUCACAGCGGGCAUUUGUAAAUUCCAGCUCAUUGCUUUUGCCAGUGCUCAUGGUGGGGAUGGGGUUGGUGUGGGAGGGUGUGGGAGGGUGUGGGAGGAUGUGAGCUCACGGAAUGUUGCCCGGGCAUCAUGCUCU